AUGGACACACUGUGGACCCCAAGGGAGAGUAGCUACUUGGGAUCCUUUGGCUCCUGUCAUGGACACACUGUGGACCCCAGGGAGAGUAGCUACUUGGGAUCCUUUGGCUCCUGUCAUGGACACACUGUGGACCCCAGGGAGAGUAGCUACUUGGGAUCCUUUGGCUCCUGUCAUGGACACACUGUGGACCCCAGGGAGAGUAGCUACUUGGGAUCCUUUGGCUCCUGUCAUGGACACACUGUGGACCCCAGGGAGAGUAGCUACUUGGGAUCCUUUGGCUCCUGUCAUGGACACACUGUGGACCCCAGGGAGAGGCUCCUGUCAUGGACACACUGUGGACCCCAGGAAGAGGCUCCUGUCAUGGACACACUGUGGACCCCAGGAAGAGGCUCCUGUCAUGGACACACUGUGGACCCCAGGAAGAGGCUCCUGUCAUGGACACACUGUGGACCCCAGGGAGAGGCUCCUGUCAUGGACACACUGUUGGACCCCCAGGAAGAGGCUCCUGUCAUGGACACACUGUGGACCCCAGGGAGAGGCUCCUGUCAUGGACACACUGUGGACCCCAGGAGAGGCUCCUGUCAUGGACACACUGUGGACCCCAGGGAGAGGCUCCUGUCAUGGACACACUGUGGACCCCAGGAAGAGGCUCCUGUCAUGGACACACUGUGGACCCCAGGGAGAGGCUCCUGUCAUGGACACACUGUGGACCCCAGGGAAGAGGCUCCUGUCAUGGACACCACUGUGGACCCCAGGGAGAGGCUCCUGUCAUGGGACACACAUGUGGACCCCAGGGAGAGGCUCCUGUCAUGGACACACUGUGGACCCCAGGGAGAGGCUCCUGUCAUGGACACACUGUGGACCCCAGGGAGAGGCUCCUGUCAUGACACACUGUGGACCCCAGGGAGAGGCUCCUGUCAUGGACACACUGUGGACCCCAGGGAGAGGCUCCUGUCAUGGACACACUGUGGACCCCAGGGAGAGGCUCCUGUCAUGGACACACUGUGGACCCCAGGGAGAGGCUCCUGUCAUGGACACACUGUGGACCCCAGGGAGAGGCUCCUGUCAUGGACCACUGUGGACCCCAGGGAGAGGCUCCUGUCAUGGACACACUGUGGACCCCAGGGAGAGGCUCCUGUCAUGGACACACUGUGGACCCCAGGGAGAGUAGCUGCUGCAUCAGUAACAGCUGAUUGGGAUCCUAAUAAAUGAAACUGAACAUAUUUAUUUGUGUUUGUGAGAUAUAUAUAUAUAUAUGCACGCACACCUACGCACGCACGCACGCACGCACACACACACACACCUACGCACGCACGCACGCACGCACACACACACACACACACACACACACACACACACACACACACACACACACACACACACACACACAUAUACAUAUAUAUAUAUAUAUAUAUAUAUGUGUAUAUGUGUAUAUGUGUAUGUAUGUAUAUAUAUGUGUGUGUGUGUGUGUGUGUGUGUGUGUAUGUAUGUGUGUAUAUAUAUAAAAAAUGUAUGCAUCAGGUGAUUUGUUUAUUCAAUAUGUCAAUGUGUUUUAUCUGUCCCUCCUCAAAUAAAGCCAUACAGAAAUGUGGCAUGAAUGACUUGGUACUAAACCGCUCUGUUUCUGUCCGUCAGACACUUUAACCUGAGGAUGAAGAGAGACACCAGUCUGUUUGCUGAGGACCUGAUGGUGGACGUGGGAGGGCAGGAGGUGAACUAUGACACCUCCCACAUCUACACCGGAGAAAUAUAUGGUGAGGCUGGAUGACGCUUUACGACAUGUUUGUUCCUUCUAUGAGUUUUAUAUAUAUAUAACCCUGGCCUGUAUGCUACAUUGUUCCUUCUACAGUGCAUUUGGAAAGUAUUCAGACCCCUUCCCCUUUUUCCACGUUUUAUGUUACAGCCUUAUUCUAAAAUCGAUUUAAAAAUAUAUAUUGAUGAGGAGAUAUAUAUAUAUAUAUAUAUAUAUAUAUAUCCUCAAACUACACACAAUAACCCAUAAUGACAAAGCGAAAACAGGUUUUUCGAAAUGUUUGCAAAAUUAUAAAAAAAUAAAACAGAAAUACACUUUGUUAUGAGACUCGAAAUUGAGCUCCGGUGCAUCCUGUUUCCAUUGAUCAUCCUUGAGAUGUUUCUACAACUUGAUUGGAGUCCACCUUUUGGUAAAUUCAAUUGAUUGGACAUGAUUUGGAAAGGCACACACCUGUCUAUAUAAUAUCCCACAGUUGACAGUGCAUGUCAGAGCAAAAACCAAGCCAUGAGGUCGAAGGAAUUGUCCGUAGAGCUCCAAGACAGGAUUGUGUCGAGGCACAGAUCUGGGAAAGGGUACCAAAACAUUUCUGCAGCAUUGAAGGUCCCCAAGAACACAUUGGCCUCUAUCAUUCUUAAAUGGAAGAAGUUUGGAACCACCAAGAUUCUUCCUAGAGCUGGCCGCCUGGCCAAACUGAGCAAUCAGGGGAGAAGGGCCUUGGUCAGGGAGGUGACCAAGAACCAUAUGGUCACUCUGACAGAGCUCCAGAGUUCCUUUGUGGAGAUGCGAGAUCCUUCCAGAAGGACAACCAUCUCUGCAGCACUCCACCAAUCAGGCCUUUAUGGUAGAGUGGCCAGACUGAAGCCACUCCUUAGUAAAAGGCACAUGACAGCCCGUUUGGAGUUUGCCAAAAAGCAACUAAAGGACUUCUCUGGUCUGAUGAAACCAAGAUUGAACUCUUUGGCCUGAAUGCCAAGCGUCACGUCUGGAGGAAACCUUUUCAGCGGCAGGGACUGGGAGACUAGUGAGGAUCGAGGGAAAGAUGAAAGGAGCAAGGUACAGAGAGAUCCUUGAUGAAAACCUGCUCCAGAGUGCUCAGGACCUCAGACUGGGGCGAAGGUUCACCUUCCAACAGGACAACGACCCUAAGCACACAGCCAAGACAACGCAGGAGUUGCUUCAGGACAGGUCUCUGAAUGUCCUUGAGUGGCCCAGCCAGAGCCCGGACUUGAACCAUAUCGAACAUCUCUGGAUAGACCUGAAAAUAGCAGUGCAGCAAUGCUCCCCAUCCAACCUGACAGAGCUUGAGAGGAUCUGCAGAGAAGAAUGGGAGAAACUCCCCAAAUACAGGUGUGCCAAGCUUGUAGCGUCAUACCCAAGAAGACUCGAGGCUGUAAUCGCUGCCAAAGGUGCUUCAACAAAGUACUGAGUAAAGGGUCUGAAUACUUAUGUAAAUACUUUCCGAAUGCACUGUAUAUGUUAUAUCUAACCCUGGUCUGUAUGCUACAUUAAUGGACUGGUCCAGGUAGUCCCUCCCUCAGUCUGUUUCUUCUGUUUGGUAUCUAAGGAGAGACUGGCCUCCACUCCAGCCUUUCUAGUUUUUUUCAGAUGAAGCUUGAUUCUGGAUUGAGAAUAGGGUGUUGAGGUCUGGUAUCACAAGACCAAAUGAACAUACCCCCUCUAUCUCCAGGUGAGAAGGGCACCCUGAGCCAUGGUUCGGUGGUGGAUGGGAUGUUUGAGGGCUUCAUCCAGACGUACCAGGGGACUUUCUACGUAGAGCCAGCUGAGAGAUACCUGAAGGACAGGGACCUUCCCUUCCACUCGGUUAUCUACCACGAGGACGACAUCGGUGAGUACUGUGGUAGGAUGGGGGGGUGUUGUGUGGGCCAAAGAUGUACCCUUCCACCUUUUACACCCAGUCCUCUACUGCUUCUGUCACCAUACAAACACACAGGCUUUGAUGUAUCCUCUUGUCAUCUUUUAAUUGUGUGAGUGUCUGCCUGCGUGUUACCAUCUGGAGGAUAGAGACGGGCUCAUGCGUGUUACCGUUCCAUCUGGAGGAUAGAGACGGGCUCAGUGCUGGCAGCUAGGGAGAGGAGAGGAGAGGAGAGACUCAUUAGCUGAGUGACUGGGUGGGUGUAAAGCCCCUCUCAAUCUGAUUGGCCUUCGGGUCCAUCAAUCAACCGCUGAUGCCAACCAAUCAACUCCAACUCAGCUGUUCCACUGUUCAUACCGGACCUUAUUCCUUUGUUCCUUUGGGUUACCAAAACGCAGCAGGCGUUGACGAGGUGGAGUCCUGGUAACUGGUCUGUUCUAUUGGCAAAUGUCCAGUCACUCGAGAAUAAGAUGGAUGAGCUUCGUUCGAGACUGUCCAAUCGGAGUGACUUGAAAAGCUGCAAUAUUAUAUGUCUUACUGAACCGUGGCUGGAUGAUGACGCUAUGCACUCAGGUGAUUCUCCAUGCAGCGGCAGGAUCGGACUGCGGCUUCGGGGAAAACCAAACGAGGCAGUGUGUUUAUUUUCAUAAAUAGCUGGUGUGCUGCUUCAAGUGUGAAGGAAAUCUCAAGCUUUAUCUCACAUAAUAUAUAAUACCUCAUGGUAAGUUGCAGACCGUUUUAUCGACCAAUAGAUCAAUUAUUAUCAUGGCUGUCGCAGUCCGAUCCUGACGUAAAACGCUCUUGCCUGGGAUAUACUCUAACCUAAUGGUCACUUUAAUAAUGUUUACAUGCUGUUUUACCCACUUCAUAUGUAUAUACUGUAUUCUAGUUAAGUCCAUCCAAUUCAACUAUUGCUGUACAUAUGCUAUUCUAUCCACGUAUUCUUCAGAUAUACUACAUAUUCUAUCCCCAUACUGUCCAUAAUGUCUGUACAUCCCAUCAUUCAUAUAUAUUAAAACAAAAAAAGGUGUACAAAUGCAAGAGUGUGCAAAGCUGGCUAUUUGAAGAAUCUCAAAUCUCAAAUAUAUUUUUAUUUGUUUAACACUUUUUUGGUUACUACAUGAUUCCAUAUGUGUUAUUUCAUAGUUUUGAUGUCUUCACUAUUAUUCUACAAUGUAGAAAAUAGUAAAAAUAAAGAAAAACCCUUGAAUGAGUAGGUGUGUCCAACCUUUUGACUGGUACUGUAUAUAUGUAUGUAUGUAUGUAUGUACAGUGGGGAGAACAAGUAUUUGAUACACUGCCGAUUUUGCAGGUUUUCCUACUUACAAAGCAUGUAGAGGUCUGUAAUUUUUAUCAUAGGUACACUUCAACUGUGAGAGACGGAAUCUAAAACAAAAAUCCAGAAAAUCACAUUGUAUGAUUUUUAAGUAAUUAAUUUGCAUUUUAUUGCCUGACAUAAGUAUUUGAUACAUCAGAAAAGCAGAACUUAAUAUUUGGUACAGAAACCUUUGUUUGCAAUUAUAGAGAUCAUAUUUUUCCUGUAGGUCUUGACUAGGUUUGCACACACUGCAGCAGGGAUUUUGGCCCACUCCUCCAUACAGACCUUCUCCAGAUCCUUCAGGUUUCGGGGCUGUCGCUGGGCAAUACAGACUUUCAGCUCCCUCCAAAGAUUUUCUAUUGGGUUCAGGUCUGGAGACUGGCUAGGCCACUCCAGGACCUUGAGAUGCUUCUUACGGAGCCACUCCUUAGUUGCCCUGGCUGUGUGUUUCGGGUCGUUGUCAUGCUGGAAGACCCAGCCACGACCCAUCUUCAAUGCUCUUACUGAGGGAAGGAGGUUGUUGGCCAAGAUCUCGCGAUACAUGGCCUCAUCCAUCCUCCCCUCAAUACGGUGCAGUCGUCCUGUCCCAUUUGCAGAAAAGCAUUCCCAAAGAAAUGAUGUUUCCACCUCCAUGCUUCACGGUUGGGAUGGUGUUCUUGGGGUUGUACUCAUCCUUCUUCUUCCUCCAAACACGGCGAGUGGAGUUUAGACCAAAAAGCUCUAUUUUUGUCUCAUCAGACCACAUGACCUUCUCCCAUUCCUCCUCUGGAUCAUCCAGAUGGUCAUUGGCAAACUUCAGACGGGCCUGGACAUGCGCUGGCUUGAGCAGGGGGACCUUGCGUCAUUUUAAUCCAUGACGGCGUAAUGUGUUACUAAUGGUUUUCUUUGAGACUGUGGUCCCAGCUCUCUUCAGGUCAUUGACCAGGUCCUGCCGUGUAGUUCUGGGCUGAUCCCUCACCUUCCUCAUGAUCAUUGAUGCCCCACGAGGUGAGAUCUUGCAUGGAGCCCCAGACCGAGGGUGAUUGACCGUCAUCUUGAACUUCUUCCAUUUUCUAAUAAUUGCGCCAACAGUUGUUGCCUUCUCACCAAGCUGCUUGCCUAUUGUCCUGUAGCCCAUCCCAGCCUUGUGCAGGUCUACAAUUUUAUCCCUGAUGUCCUCACACAGCUCUCUGGUCUUGGCCAUUGUGGAUAGGUUGGAGUCUGUUUGAUUGAGUGUGUGGACAGGUGUAUUUUAUACAGGUAACGAGUUCAAACAGGUGCAGUUAAUACAGGUAAUGAGUGGAGAACAGGAAGGAUUCUUAAAGAAAAACUAACAGGUCUGUGAGAGCCGGAAUUCUUACUGGUUGGUAGGUGAUCAAAUACUUAUGUCAUGCAAUAAAAUGCAAAUUAAUGACUUAAAAAUCAUACAAUGUGAUUUUCUGAAUUUUUGUUUUAGAUUCCGUCUCUCACAGUUGAAGUGUACCUAUGAUAAAAAUUACAGACCUCUACAUGCUUUGUAAGUAGGAAAACCUGCAAAAUCGGCAGUGUAUCAAAUACUUGUUCUCCCCACUGUACAUACAUACAUACAGUUGAAGUCGGAAGUUUACAUACAGUUUAGCCAAAUACAUUUAAACUCAGUUUUUCACAAUUCCUGACAUUUAAUCCUAGUAAAGAUUCCCUGUCUUAGGUCAGUUAGGAUCACCACUUUAUUUUAAGAAUGUGAAAUGUCAGAAUAAUAGUAGAGAGAUUUAUUUCAGGUUUUAUUUAAUAAUAAUAAUAAUAAUAAUAUGCCAUUUAGCAGACGCUUUUAUCCAAAGCGACUUACAGUCAUGUGUGCAUACAUUUUUACGCAUGGGUGGUCCCGGGGAUCGAACCCACUACUCUGGCGUUACAAGCGCCAUGCUCUACCAAUUGAGCUACAGAGGACCAAUACCAUUUAUUUCAUCACAUUCCCAGUGGGUCAGAAGUUUACAUACAGUCAAUUAGUAUUUGGUAGCAUUGCCUUUUAAAUUGUUUAACUUGGGUCAAAUAUUUCGGGUAGCCUUCCACAACCUUCCCACAAUAAGUUGGGUGAAUUUUGGCCCAUUCCUCCUGACAGAGCUGGUGUAAGGCCUCCUUGCUCACACACGCUUUUUCAGUUCUGCCCACAAAUGUUUUAUAGGAUUGAGGUCAGGGCUUUGUGAUGGCCACUCCAAUACCUUGACUUUGUUGUCCUUAAGCCAUUUUGCCACAACUUUGGAAGUAUACUUGGGGUCAUUGUCCAUUUGGAAGACCCAUUUGCGACCAAGCUUUAACUUCCUGACUGAUGUCUUGAUGUCGCUUCAAUAUAGCCACAUAAUUUUCUUUCCUCAUGAUGCCAUCUAUUUUGUGAAGUGCACCAGUCCCUCCUGCAGCAAAGCACCCCCACAGCAUGAUGCUGCCACCCCCGUGCUUCACGGUUGGGAUGGUGUUCUUCGGCUUGGAAGCCACACCCCUUUUCCUCCAAACAUAACGAUGGUCAUUAUGGCCAAACAGUUCUAUUUUUGUUUCAGUAGACCAAAGGACAUUUCUCCAAAAAGUAUGAUCUUUGUCCCCAUGUGCAGUUGCAAACCGUAGUCUGGCUUUUUUAUGGCGGUUUUGAAGCAGUGGCUUCUUCCUUACUGAGCGGCCUUUCAGGUUAUUUCGAUAUAGGACUCGUUUUACUGUGGGUAUAGAUACUUUUGUACCUGUUUCCUCCAGCAUCUUCACAAGGUCCUUUUUGCUGUUGUUCUGGGAUUUAUUUGCACUUUUCGCACCAAAGUACGUUCAUCUCUAGGAGACAGAACGCAUCUCCUUCCUGAGCGGUAUGACGGCUGCGUGGUCCCAUGGUGUUUAUACUUGCGUACUAUUGUUUGUACAUUGAACGUGGCACCUUCAGGCGUUUGGAAAUUGCUCCCAAGGAUGAACCAGACUUGUUGAGGUCUACUAUUUUAUUUCUGAUGUCUUGGCUGAUUUCUUUUGAUUUUCCCAUGAUUUCAAGCAAAGAGGCACUGAGUUUGAAGGUAGGCCUUGAAAUACAUCCACAGGUACACCUCCAAUUGACUCAAAUGAUGUCAAUUAGCCUAUCAGAAGCUUCUAAAGCCAUGGCAUAAUUUUCUGGAAUUUUCCAAGCUGUUUAAAGGCACAGUCAACUUAGUGUAUGUAAACUUCUGACCCACUGGAAUUGUGAUACAGUGAAUUAUAAGUGAAAUAAUCUGUCAGUAAACAAUUGUUGGAAACAUUACUUGUGUCAUGCACAAAGUAGAUGUCCUAACCGACUUGCCAAAACUAUAGUUUGUUAACAAGAAAUUUGUAAACUUCCGACUUCAACUGUGUGUGCGCGCGCACACACACAGACUCUGACAUUGCUUGUUCUAAUAUUUAUAUAUGUCUUAGUUCCGUUAUUGUACGUAUAGAUUUGUGUGUAUUGUUAGAUAUUACUGCACUGUUGGAGCUGGGAACACAAGCGUUUCGCUACACCCGCAAUAACAUCUGCUAAAUACGUGAAUGUGACCCCUAAAACUUGAUUUGAUUUGAUUUGCGUUAGCAGACGAGCUCCAGCUAGCCGGGUUCUUCUUCUUCUUCUUCGCUGGAUUUAAUGAUAAUAAUAAUAACGUUUUUUUUUUUUUUUUACAUUUUAGUCAUUUAGCAGACGCUCUUAUCCAGAGCGACUUACAGUUAGUGAGUGCAUACAUUUUUACUGGGAAUGAUUGUCCCAGAUGCCACUGCUUAAUGAAACGCGCUACGGCAGGGUUCUUCAAUUCCGGUGCUGGAGGGCCGAAACACUUCUGUUUUUUAUUUCUACCUGGUAGUUAAUUGCACUCAUGGUGUCCCAGGUCUGAAUUAGCCCCUGAUUAGAAGGAGAGGAUGAAAAACAGAGGUGUUUCGGCCCUCCAGGACCGGAAUUGAAGAACCCUGUGCUACGGUGCUGUGCUGGGCCAUAUGUGGUCUGAUAUAAAUGUUAAUCUAUUAUUACAUAGAUAUUCAUCUACAUAUGUCCUCAUAUAGUCAUCCGUACAGUGGUCCUCUGUAGCUCAGCUGGUAGAGCGCGGCGCUUGUAACGCCAGGGUAGUGGGUUCGAUCCCCGGGACCACCCAUACACAAAAAUGUAUGCACGCAUGACUGUAAGUCGCUUUGGAUAAAAGCGUCUGCUAAAUGGAUUAUUAUUAUUAUUAUUAUUAUUAUUAUUAUAUUAUAGACUAAUCAGGCAACCGCUAGGACAUUGGAGAACAAGGUGUAGAGUGAGUGGGAGGGUGUGAGCUGGACGGGAGCAGUCCAAACGUCUCUCUCCAAGACCUCUCCCACAAGUAUGUCUUCAUCUGCACAGUAUGCUAAUUAUCAGUUGAGUUAGAGCAUGUAAAUAGAGAACAAGGUGUAGAGUGAGUGAGAUGUGUAUGAGCUUUUAUCCCAGGUAAUCUAAACAAUAAUGUCCAUCUCGCUGCCCUAGACUACCCCCACAAGUAUGGUCCAGAGGGGGGCUGUGCCGACCACUCAGUGUUUGAGAGGAUGAGGAAGUACCAAGCCACCGGCAUGGAGAAGCCAGCCAAGGUCAGUUCACUUUUUAAGGGUUGAACAAUUCUGGUAACUUUCCCCAAAUUCCCAGGUCUUACAGAAAUCCCGGUUGGACAUUUCCCUGAAUCGGAAGGGAAACGGGCAGUAAAUCCGGAAUCCUUCAACCAGGAUUUCUGGGAAAUUUGGGAAAGUUACUGGAAUUGUUCAAACCUACACGUAAUACGAUAGUGGUUUUCAAAGUAAGGAGCAGUAAGCAUGGAACUGGAAGAGAAAAUAAUACUGUAUUUAUAUCUUUGUGUCCUCUGAACUAUGUGAUGAUACUCCAUGUAAGUAUCAACAUACUGCAUAUUGCAUCAACUUCUUGCCUCAACAUCUCAUCUGUGCUUCAGCCAAAAAGGUUUUUAUAACACUAUGAAACUAUAAGAUAAUGUCUUCAUUAUCCACAUGGGGAAAUGCUUGUACAAUAGUCUACAGUAAUAGUCUUUAAAACGUUACAUUCCCUCUCCUUUCCCCCCCCCCCUCCUCCUCAUCCCAGGAGCUCCAUUCUGAGGAGGCGUCCAGUGACCCAGUGUUGCUGAGGAAGAGGAGGAUGACUCAGAUAGAGAAGAACACCUGUCAGCUCUUCAUCCAGACUGACCACCUCUUCUUCAAGUACUACAAGACCAGGGAAGCUGUUAUUGCACAGGUCCUGGGUGAUAUACACACACACACUAGUCCUCAAUACCACCAAGCGGAUUAUGGGAAAACAUGUCAACAAUGCUUUCAGACGUUGCAGUUUUUGCUAUUACAGAAUAAUGAUGCGAAUACUGAUGUAUGUUGUCUCUCUGUUCCAGAUCUCUAGUCACGUCAAGGCCAUAGAUGCCAUCUACCAGGGAACAGACUUCAUGGGCAUCCGCAACAUCAGCUUUAUGGUCAAGAGGAUACGGGUGAGUUCCUCCCUGCCCAGUUGUUUGACCUGGCAUCAAUUAAAUUAUAUUUCUAAAACCCUUUUUACAUCAACAGUUGUCACAGUGCAUUCCAUUUUACUGAUUUAAAAGUCUCAACUGUCCCUUCGACCUCUUCUCCUCUUUAAACUUGUUAGUUCGGCAGUCAUCACCAUCACUUCCUGUUGUCUGUCAUGAUGUCACUUCCUAUUUCCACUUCCUUUUAUCUGUCCUAACGUGACCACUCCCUGCUCCAGAUCAACACCACUACAGAUGAGCGGGACCGGUCCAACCCGUUCCGCUUCGCUAACAUCGGCGUGGAGAAGUUCCUUGAGCUGAAUUCUGAGCAGAACCAUGACGACUACUGUCUGGCGUACGUCUUCACUGACAGGGACUUUGAUGAUGGUGUCCUGGGCCUGGCCUGGGUCGGCGCUCCUGCAGGUUCAUACACUUCCCUUUUUUCACAAUUUACACACAUUACAGUUACACUUAUUACACACUGUUUAUCAACAGCAGAUAUUACACGCUGGAAUGACAGACGUUGUCGUCAGUCUUUCUGUCUAUGAAAUUAGCCCUGUUUUUGGAUUCCUGUCUUUGUCAUUGAGCGCCUCUCCUACUUUCCUUUGUUUGCUCAGUUUUUUUAUUUGAUAAACUUGUGUUAUCCGUUUUUUUUAUUUCCAUUUUGGAUUCAUCAUUAUGAAUUGAAUUGCUUGGAUGUAUGAAUUGUGCUAUAUAAAUAAACUUGCUUGCUUGCUUGCUCACUAAUACUUGACUGGGUUAAUAGAGGAUAAACCUGCCCCUCUAUAAUGGUUGACUGUGUGUCCACAGGGAGUUCUGGAGGGAUCUGUGAGAAGAGUAAGCUGUACUCUGACGGGAAGAAGAAGUCCCUGAAUACCGGCAUCAUCACUGUACAGAACUACGCCUCCCACGUCCCUCCUAAAGUCUCCCACAUCACCUUCGCCCACGAGGUCGGACACAACUUCGGCUCGCCGGUGAGUUGGAUAACCUAGGCCGGUGAUGGGAGAUCUCCUAGACUGUGUUUACACAGGCAGCCCAAAUCUGAUCUUUUUUUUUUUCUCACUCAUUUGGUCUUUUUGACCAGUCAGAUCAUCUCUUUUUGACGAUAAUUGGGCAAAAGAUGAGAAUUGGCCUGCUGUGUAAACGCAGCCAUAAAGCACUUCUCUCUCUCUCUCUCCUUUCUCUGUUGUCUUUACUGCAUGUAGAGAUGCAACAGAAAAUGUCAUGUCUGGGAGAUGAGUUGUUGCUUUGGUGUUUGUGUAAACUGUUAGGAGCCUGUGAAAAAUAAAUGUCUUUCUCAGAGGACAAUUUUAUUAAACGUUUAUUUUGACAGGGAAGUCCUACUGAGACUAGGGUCUCUAUUACAGUUGAGCCCUGCAUAUAUACAUUAAACAGAUAAAAUAUACAAAGUUACAAAACGUGUAUAUGUAUAUAUGUGUGUGUGUGUGUGUGUGUGUGUGUGUGUGUGUGUGUGUGUAUAUAUAUAUAUAUAUAUAUAUAUAUAUAUAUUUUAAAGACAUUCAAACUAGUAAUUAUAAGUUCAUUUAAAUCUGGGUUAUGGGACCUAGAAAAAAGCAUGCAUUUUGUUUGCAUUUAGCACUAACUUUAGAUCCAAUACUGACCUCUUCAAAUUUGAAAUCAGAUUUUCAUGCACUGCAAAGUAUUAGCCAACCGAUGGAGCAAUGGAAUACAACACUGUAUCAUUGUAUUUACAGCAUUACCAAUGUUGUUUAUAUAGAUUGUAAUCAGUUGUGGGCCGAGUAUUGAACCUUGGGGCACCCCUUUAUGUAACUUAAGGAACUCAGAUUUGAUCCCAUCUACCUUGAUGGCCAGAAUUCUUCCAUUGAGAUAAUUAUGAACCCAUCGGCAAGCAUCAGUACCCAACCCUAUCUAGGACAGCUUAUUCAACAGAAUAACAUGGUCUACAAACAUGGCAGCACAAUUCUUUCUAUCAUCUAAGGCAUUUGCAAUAUCAUUUCCAACAAGCAUGGUAGCCGUAGUGGUACUAUGUGUAAAUCUAUUCUCAAAUAUCAUGUCUCCCUCCCACCCUACAGCAUGACUCGGGGUCAGAGUGCACCCCAGGGGAGUCUAAGGCCCAGGACAAGAAGGAGAAGGGGAACUACAUCAUGUACGCCCGGGCCACGUCAGGAGACAAGCUCAACAACAACAAGUUCUCCAUCUGCAGCGUCAGGAACAUCAGCCAGGUCCUGGAGAAGAAGAGGGGAAGCUGCUUUGUCGGUACGUUUCCACUGGUGGCUAUGGUGUUUGAAGCUGCUUUGUCGGUACGUUUCCACUGGUGGCUAUGGUGUUUGAAGCUGCUUUGUCGGUACGUUUCCACUGGUGGCUAUGGUGUUUGAAGCUGCUUUGUCGGUACGUUUCCACUGGUGGCUAUGGUGUUUGAAGCUGCUUUGUCGGUACGUUUCCACUGGUGGCUAUGGUGUUUGAAGCUGCUUUGUCGGUACGUUUCCACUGGUGGCUAUGGUGUUUGAGACUAGCCCUUAGUUUCAGAUUGGAGUGUAGUGUGUAGGGGUUGCAGAAUUCUGGAAACUUUCCAGAAAUUCCCAGGUUUUUAGGAAAUCGCUGUUGGGAGUAUUCCCGGAAUCCUUCAACCAGGAUUUCUGGAAAGCCUUGGAAUUUUGGGAGAGUUUUCCAGAAAUCUACACUGUCACAGAUCAAAUGUGUUAUUUUGAAUGUAAUUUCAUAACGUGUGUUCUGUCUGCCCCCCCCCAUACAGAGUCUGGCCAGCCCAUCUGUGGUAAUGGGUUAGUGGAGCCAGGGGAGGAGUGUGACUGUGGAUACAGCGAUCAGUGCAGAGACCAGUGUUGCUAUGACGCCGGCCAGCCUGACAACAGGAAGUGUAAGCUAAAACCCAACAAAGUCUGCAGGUAAGAUAAGGUGGCCCUUUUUAAAGCUGCGAUACAGUACAAUGCUAUUCUGUUUGAGGUUUUUAUCUAACCUGUGGUGCAGGAAGAUCAGUGGCACUAAUUCAGGAAAGAAGCUCUUGUACAUUUAGUUCCAUGCAAAUGUCAUGGGAAUGAAAUUACUAAAAUUGACCUGCUUAUUUCUGUCAUUUUGUUAUUUUGCCAUAAUACUAAUUUAACCCUUUUCUAAUAUUAUUAUUUUAAUUUUAUUUAUUUUUCAGUCCUAGCCAGGGCCCGUGCUGUACUCCUGAGUGCGUCUAUAAGGGCCGUAAUGAGAAGUGUCGUGAGGAGUCUGAAUGUGCCCACCAGGGCAUGUGUAACGGGGGUACGGCCCAGUGCCCCACCUCUGAACCCAAGGCCAACUUCACCGCCUGUCACGGAGAGACUCAAGUCUGCCUCAAUGGGGUGAGUGAUUACUAGCUACCUUCAGGGUCGGGGGUCAACUCCAUUUCAAUUCCAGUCAAUUCAGAAAGUGUACCCAAUUCCUAAUGUUCCUCAUUGAAAAGCAUUGAAGGGAAUUGGAAUUUCAGUGUACUUCCUGAACCCCCCCCCCCAACCCUACGUUCUGUCUGUACCAAUUUAUCAGUCACCACAUAUUAAGUUCCCUCACAGGAAAACAUUAUAAAUCCUUAAUUCAAAAAAUGUAUCCUGCUUAACUGUAAUACUGUAUACUACAUCUCAAAAUACCAGGAACCACAAUUAUUUUAUUUAUUCACUUACAUAGGCCUAUCUAUGCUGCAAUUCAACUUUUAG